AGGCUGGCAGCGGAGCUUGAAUAGGGAAGUUUUGCAGCAGCGGCGCUCGCAGUCAGUCCGGUGUUUGCAAAUAUUGUGUGGGCUUCGCGCGCCGCGGCUGCGGAAGGGUCCGUCCAGGCGUCCGAUCGCCGCGCCAGGAGUUUGCAUGCAACUUUCACCUGCGCUCGCGGGCCGAGUUUCCCCUGCGACUCCAGCGCGCGCGGCCGCCCGGGCUCUCGCCGACGGGCACCGUCCGCACCCCGCCAUGGACGUGCUCCCCAUGUGCAGCAUCUUCCAGGAGCUGCAGAUCGUGCAUGAGACCGGCUACUUCUCUGCGCUGCCGUCCCUGGAGGAGUACUGGCAACAGACCUGCCUGGAAUUGGAACGCUACCUCCAGAGUGAACCCUGCUAUGUUUCAGCCUCAGAAAUCAAAUUUGAAAGCCAGGAAGAUCUGUGGACCAAAAUUAUUCUUGCUCGGGAGAAAAAGGAGGACUCAGAACUGAAGAUUUCUUCUAGUCCCCCGGAGGACCCUCUGAUCAGCCCGAGCUUCAGUUACAAUUUGGAGACCAACAGCCUGAACUCAGAUGUGAGCAGUGAAUCAUCUGAUAGCUCAGAGGAACUUUCACCUACGACCAAGUUUCCCUCUGACCCUAUCAGUGAAGUGUUAGUCAAUUCAGGAACUCUGAGCUCCUCUGUCACCUCUACACCUCCUUCUUCUCCUGAACUGAAUAGAGAACCUUCUCAGCUUUGGGGUUGUGUGCCUGGAGAGCUGCCUUCACCGGGGAAGGUGCGCAGUGGGACUUCGGGGAAGACGGGUGACAAGGGUAGUGGCGACAGCUCCCCAGACGGCAGGAGGAGGGUGCAUCGGUGCCACUUUAAUGGCUGCAGAAAAGUUUACACCAAAAGCUCCCACUUGAAAGCACAUCAGCGUACUCACACAGGAGAAAAGCCUUACAGAUGCUCAUGGGAAGGGUGUGAGUGGCGUUUUGCAAGAAGUGAUGAGUUAACCAGACACUUCCGAAAGCACACCGGUGCCAAGCCUUUUAAAUGCUCUCACUGUGACAGGUGUUUCUCCAGGUCUGACCACCUGGCCCUGCACAUGAAGCGGCACCUCUGAGGGAGCAGAGGGGUAAAUCCUGUAGGCUAAAAGGCUUCCAGGCUGAGAGACAGCCAUGGAAGGAGGGAUGCGUGUUCCAGCCAAAGCAUGCCAUUUUGCACCCUACCCAGUUGCCUCCAGGGCCUCUCUGAAAGGUCUUUCGAGGGCUGACGGAGUCAUGUCAGAAGCGGCAUUACCACCUGUGGUGCAUAGUGUGGGGGUGACCCUGGACUCGCCGCUGAUAUGUGACCUGUGAGGCUCCGCGCCUUCGCUGUGAGCAUGCGCACUGAGAAUGUUCAUGGUUGGGCUGACUGUAUGUUGAGGAUCUAUUACUGACUGUAUGAUGCGGCAGACUUUUUUCCCUUGUGGUAGCAAAACUGCAAGACACAGGGAAAAAGUAGUUUGAAUGUUUUGUGUGUAAGGAGUAUACCGUGAGAUGAGACGACCACCAAUCAUUUCCUGGGAGGGUGUCUGCACCUUAGAAAAAUAUAAAAACAAUACAAAACAAAACAAAACAAAAAAAAAAAGGAGGGUGGGAGUGGGAACUCAGGACCCCAGAGAGGUGUGUGGUAUGGGCAGGGGGCCCUGUGCCUCCUUCCUGUGUGAGAGGAACUGUUGGUGUCUGGUGCAGCUAUUAAACGUGCAAUGUGUCAAGUAGCUUGUUUUACUUGCUACAAAGAGCUCAUUUGUAACCCAUUGUAUAAGCUGUAUUUACAAAUAUAACACAAUGAUAAUUUUUCCUUAUACAAGAAGUCAUGCAUGGUCUGGGGAGCUAUAUGCUUUUCCAUUUUAAAAUCUGGACUGUAAUCUUGAUUCCAAUUAAUGAGCAGCUAAAAUACAAUUUGUCUAAUACAGUAAUCCCUAGCCUCAAGGGCCUGGCAAGACACAGUUUUUCCCCCUUGUAUUUUAUAACACUCCUCUUCCAGAAAGGUGUUGUGCAGCAUAGGGUUAUUUUUAAAGUGAUUCUGAAUUAGAAUUAACUUUUUGGAGAAUUUCAUGAUGCCCUUUGAAGAAAUUGGACAUAUGCCGAGUGUCCAAAAGCUGCGGCUGGAAAUUGCUGGUCUAAUGUUCCAUUAGGCUAAGAAAGAACCUAAAAAUUUUCACAGUUGGGUAAACAAAACCACUAAAGCUUAGAAACUUUUUCUCAUGCAGCUAUGUUUCUCUUAUUUAUGCCUUGAGGACUAAUUUCUGGUUUUCUAGCUGUUAAUGCACUGUUGACCUUCAUAAUGGUGCCUUAUGCAGGUGGGCCCCACAUCGGGGUCUCAUACAGGGGUAUGGGUGAUGCAUGCUUUAUUAAGGCUCUUUUUUCACCUGGCAUUGUACUGUAUCAAUGUAUAAUACAGAAAAAAAAAAAAAA